AUGGAUAUGAGGGUGCUUUUAUUUAUAUUCAUUGUCAGCACAUGCUGGUGCUGUAAUGCUAGAGAGCUGUCGACUGCUAACCACUUUAAUAGAAAAGAUGAGAGUUUUUCAGUCAUGCAGACAAACAACAAGCUGUCAGAGGGAGAAUCCCAACUUGUGAAAGAAGUUAGCAAGAACAAUGAAUUGUGUACAUUAUGCGAAGAUUUCGCUUCUGAGGCACUUAAUUAUCUUUCAGAGAACAAAACCCAAACAGAGAUCAUUAGCAUCCUUCACAAAUCCUGCUCCAAGAUACCUACACUCAAAAAGCAGUGCAUCGUCUUGGUGGACUAUUAUGCCCCUCUCUUUUUCUUAGAGGUUUCCAAUAUACAACCUGAAUAUUUCUGCAAUAAGGUUGACCUUUGUGAACGAGCAGUUUCCAUGUCUCAGCAGCUGUCUAAAAAUACAUGUGAUAUAUGCCAUCAUGCUGUUUCAGAGGCUUUACUAAAGUUGAAAGAUCCUGACACUCAGUUAGAGAUAAUUGAGCUGCUUCUGAAGGCAUGUAAUUCUGUUGAAGGAUAUGCUAAAAAGUGUAAGAGAUUGGUGUUUGAGUACGGUCCACUAAUUCUUGUUAAUGCCGAGCAAUUCCUGGAAAAGAAUGAUCUAUGCACCGCAUUGCAUGCUUGUAAUUCAACUGCAGUUAGUAAAGAACAAGAAGCAUUGCCAAGGACAGAGAUAUCCAUGCAUUCUGCAUCUUAA